AACCGCAAUCUGGUCUCUGUGGCUGCACAUGAAUUGGGGCAUAGUUUAGGUCUGGGACACUCAGCUGUGCCCACAGCAAUCAUGUACCCGUACUAUGUCAGUACAUGGAAACGAGUCCAGUUGGAUCAGGAUGAUAUUGCUGGAAUGCAACAAAUUUACGGUGCCGCCAAACCUGGAAAAUUCAUCCCUCCAGAACCACUUCUACCGGACAUACCGCCACCACCACCUGUAACUACUCCACCAACGGAAAAGGGCAAAGUGUUCGACUACUGCAACAUCAGUAUUCAUGCAAUCAUCAAAAUUCGCAAUCUGGAAUAUUAUAUUUUCAAAGGUCCAUGGCAAUGGCGUAUUACCUGGUCCAAGACUGUGACCACUUGGGUGUCUUAUCAGUUUCGGGAUGGGCCGGCAAAAAUAACCUACUACUGGCCAGCAUUACCCAAAUAUGUAGACUACAUUGACGCUGGAAUUGAACGGGACGACGCAGCCAUUUACAUGUUUCGAGUUAUCUAUUUAUUUGCCGGUGAAUAUUAUUGGCGUCUGGAUGACAAAGCCGGUCGAUACGGACAAGUAUCUCAAGGAUUAGAUUAUCCUCGCCGAAUAGCUGACACUUGGCGUGGAGUCCCGACCCCAGUGGAUGCAGCAUUCACCGGCCUCAACGGGAAAACUAUCUUCUUCAAGGAUACAAAUCAUUAUGUUUUCGACAAUGUGGCCAUGCGAGUACAUGACGGCUACCCGAAACCAUCUGCUUUGGGAAUCCUUGGUUGUGUACGGAACGAAUAG